UAUAAAAUCGCACUCUAUAUUCGCACUUGCAUAAUUAUUAUACGCUCUGAAAAUGGGAUUGAUCGGAAAGUUGAUAUGCCAGACAUGCAUCAAAACCGACGGAGAUGUGUUUCAUGAAGUCGUCAGUGCCAAGCCACACCAUAUGCACACCAUGACUCCCCAAAAUAUACAGGCUUGUGAUCUGCACGAAGGUGAAUUCGGCAAAGCUGGCUCGGUUGUCAUUUGGAAAUAUACUGUCGGCGGGAAGGAACUGGUAGCAAAGGAGAGGGUGGAAGUGCUAGACGAAGAGGACAAAACAGUGACUUAUAACGUGAUCGAAGGAGAUCUACUCAAGUCCUUCAAAAUCUUUGUCAUCACUGUUCAUGUUGAUACGAGUGGUUUAGAUAAUCUUGUGACAUGGAGCUUCGACUACGAGAAACUGGACGAGAGUGUUAAGGAUCCCACGGAGUAUUUGGACAUGGCGCUUAGUAUUACCAAGGAUAUCGAGACUCAUCAUCUCCCAAAGUGAGUUUGUUCUACAAGGUGUACUACGUUUGUAUGUGCCACGUGGGAUUCAUUAUGAUGCCAUGUAGGCGCAAUGAAAUAAAUAAAAGUUGGCACAUAAGUUGUGGUUGGUUUUUUUUUUUUU